AUGGUAUCCCGUGUCACUUUGAUGUAUCCCCCAAAUGCAGUGUUAGAUGCUGACAACUCCACCUUCAUCUGUGUGACCUCGGCCAGUAAACCUCAGGCCUGUGUAAGGGCAUACAUAAGGACGUCCGCUAAUAUCCGGGAGCUAGACCCAGGAUACUGUAACCAGGACUCCACCUCGGUACAGACUACAACGCGGACAUUCACGUUUACAGCUACUGCCGAGGAGAACGGAGCUGAACUGUACUGUAACGCCUCCAACAGUGUGACGGAUCUUCCCGUCCAAUCACAAGUCCACACACUGAAUGUACAAUAUCCUCCACGGAGUGGCAUCCUCCUGUCAGGUUACGUUAACAACACAGCUGCAGAAUCUGGAGAAACACUGACCUUGACCUGUCAGGUAGGAAAGGGGAAUCCUCGACCAGUACUCACCUGGUCAUCGGUUUGUGGUCAGACAAACACAGUCCCUGGUAACGAUGGAAGUCAGAAGAUGAGUAUCAGUAUAACAGUCAGACCGUCCCUGAACCAGAAGACGUGUGUGUGUAAGGGGAGUCAGAGCGGGGCGUUGACAAGAUGGACGGAGCAGAAGAGCAGAACAUUCAAUGUAAUGUUCGGACCUGACAGCUUACAGCUCCGGGCAGAUUCCGGACAAUCGGGAAACACAGUCACCGUCAUAGAAAACAGCACCGUGACAUUUACAUGUAUCAGUGGUGAGUCCAAUCCUGCUGCUGUCCUCUCCUGGUUCAACAACAACAGUCCUAUAGCUACAGCAGAGAUAUCAGAUUUGAGCUUACAGCAAGGGUCCAAUCACGGGUACCUCACCACACAGCGGUAUACAGUGAGGGUUGAUCGAUAUCAGGAUGAUGACAUCAUCAGAUGUGAGGCUCAGAGACCUGGUAAUGGACAGAGUAAACCUGAAUCCACCAACCUCACAAUGGCUGUUUUCUAUGCCCCAGAAAUAAAAUGUAACUCAACUCACGUGACACUGUUCGAAGGCCAGAGACUAAAAAUGUCAUGUGACGUAACAUCCAACGAUAAUGUCGUCAUUAACUGGUAUGAAAAAGGCCGUCGAAUUGAUAACGCUGUGAUGACAAACUCCAGAGGUCCUACUCGGCGUGAUGUCAUAAUAUCGACAUUAGAGUUUGAUUCAGCCGAAGCGACACUUACCGGCGUCUGUCAGAUCGAGGCCAAGAACAGUGUUGGAUCAUCGACUAGGGAAAUAACAAUAAGUGUAAUAGAGGGUCAGUUUAUACCAAAGGAAUUAUUGCUGACAUCCUGCAUCAACAGCCAGACUUCUCUUGUCUGGGCGUCUGCGAUUGACGACUCUUUUGUGAAAUACUACAACCUGGAGUACAAAGCAAACGGAGAAGACUGGAAGAAAGAACUCGUCAGAAACCCGGGCAGAGUAAAACUUGUGCGGAAAACGUUGAAAGAUCUACAGUCUGGACUGUUGUACCAGUUCAGACUUCAGCCUGUCUCUGACAUUAGCCUUUCAGAAUACGCUGCGGCAAACUGCACCAUUCAAGAUGGUCAGCCACUCCGAGGACAAAACGAUGUCCCUGCAGCGGGCCUGAGGAAAGGUGAUAUGUUCGGGAUAGGUGUUGUUGUUGGUGUUGCUGUCGUCACUGUCAUUGCUGUGUCUGUGAUUUGCUGGCUGCGGCGAAAAACACCAUCCACAGAAGGCACCCCAGACAAACAGGAAACAGGACAAGUCAAGAGGGCUGUGGAAGACAGGAGAACAGGGGAGAGAGCUGUAAAAGACACGACUUACCUUGAGUCUUCUGGUCACUAUGAGGAUCUUGACACCACACCUAACCCAGCACGUCCACAUUACGAGGAGCUCUCUGGGAGAACAUCGUCAUCUACACCUGGUGAGAACAGGAUCUACGAAAAUGCAACCGUGUUCUGA